GUGCGGUGCAGGAGACGGAAGGGAGAGCAGCCGGUGCCCCUGAGUCCCGCCUUCCAGCUCUGCUCGGCCCUCAUGCUGCCGCCUUUCUCUCCUGCAGGUCUCCAAGCUGGAAUGAGCCUGCGGCGAAGUUGGACGCUGUGACCAGCAACUUCCCAUAGCUGUGAGGGCACAAGGAGAAAGGCCGGGCAACCUGCAGGGGGAAUUCCCUCAGGCAGCCGAGGGCUGGUUUCCCCCAGAGACACAGGAUGGCAAACGUAAUUACUGCAGCCUAAUAUCCCGCCCAAGGCAAAGUCAAUAAUUACUCUGGGCAGUUCUGGCAGGUGGCGGGAGCGGCAGAGCGCUGGAGCCCGGGCAGCGGUCUGAGCACCAGGGAGGAUGUGCGCGUCCUGAUCCCCAGGAGGAUGAGGCUCGACCUGCACAGUUCCUUGAUCCUCACGGCCUACAUCAUCAUCUUCCUCACUGGGCUCCCCGCCAACCUCCUGGCUCUGCGGGCCUUCGUGGAGAGGGUGCGCCAGCCGCAGCCGGCCCCCGUGCACAUCCUGCUGCUCAGCCUGACGGUGGCCGACCUGCUGCUGCUGCUGUUGCUGCCCUUCAAGAUCGUGGAGGCCGCGUCCAACUUCCGCUGGUACCUGCCGCAGGUCGUGUGCGCGCUCACGGGCUUCGGCUUCUACAGCAGCAUCUACUGCAGCACGUGGCUGCUGGCGGGCAUCAGCAUGGAGCGCUACCUGGGAGUGGCCUACCCCGUGCAGUACAAGCUCGCCCGCAGGCCUGUGUACGGCGUGAUCGCCGCUCUGGUGGCCUGGAUCAUGUCCUUCGGUCACUGCACCGUGGUGAUCGUGGUGCAGUACCUGAACGCCACCCAGCAGGUGGGCAGCCGGAACGAGAUCACCUGCUACGAGAACUUCACGCAGGAGCAGCUGGACGUGGUGCUGCCUGUGCGCCUGGAGCUCUGCCUUGUCCUCUUCUUCAUCCCCAUGGCCGUCACCAUCUUCUGCUACUGGCGCUUCGUGUGGAUCAUGCUCACCCAGCCCCACGUGGGGACGCAGCGGCGGCGCCGGGCCGUGGGGCUGGCCGUCGUGACGCUUCUCAACUUCCUGCUGUGCUUUGGGCCUUACAACUUCUCCCACCUGGUGGGCUUCUACUUCAAGGAAAGCCCCCCGUGGCGGGUGGAGGCCGUGGUCUUCAGCGCGCUCAACGCCAGCCUGGACCCUCUGCUGUUCUACUUCUCCUCCGCCGCUGUGCGCCGCGCUUUCGGCAAAGGGCUGCGGCUGUUCCGGAACCCGGGCUCCUCGCCCCUGGGACGCGAGGGCAAAGAGACGGCGGAGGUGACGAGAGGGGACAGGGCUGGGAGUCGGGCGGAGGGAAUGGCGACUCCGGACUUCAUGUCGGACUAGCGGUCUCCCUGGACCUUCGGCAGCACCCUGGAGGGCACAGGGGGUGGGCAGCCAGGGUGCGGGAGCAGGAGGUGUCCCGUCCCAGUUUCGGGAAUCCUGGGGCCUGAUCCACCUCGGGGACUGGGUACAAGGCUCCCUUGCCAGCUUGGUAUCCCUUCCCAAGGACACGAGAAGAAACGGUUAGGCGUGGAGGCACCGUCAGGCUAGGGCUUCAGGAGCCGUUAACCUGAAUUCAGUCCUUGGGAGGGGGCUGGGGGCUGGGAUGACCAGACAGGGGCAGCGGAGGGGCCUAAAGGAUCUCGCCCCAAGCUUGGGUAUGACGCCCAGACGCUGGUCUCGCUGCUGCUGCUGCUUGGAGAAAGCCAACGGGAGAGAGAUGGUUGGGAAAUACUAAACAAAAGCAAGAGCCCAAAAAGGUCCUGAGCUAAGGGGACCAGAAGGGAGGGCUGGGGGCUUAGACCGACCUCUAACGCGGUUGGGGUUCAGGGUACCAGUCUGACCCAUUGCUCUGCUCAUUUUCGAGUGUUGUGUUCUCCCAUCCCCCACCGGUGGGUGAGGUCUGGGUCUCAUCUGCCUCCGGGAAGGGGCUGGGCACCCCCUAGUCUAACGCUGACCCCGCCUAGUGCAGGAAAAGCCACCUGGUCUGGGAGACUGAAAUAAAGACACUAAACCUCUCCA